AUCCAGCCAAGGAAAACAUGGAGACACCGAGCUCAAAGAGGGGCACCCGCGGGCACUCCUCCACACCGCUCUCCCCGACCCGCAUCACCCGUCUGCAGGAGAAAGAGGAUCUGCAGGAGCUGAACGACCGUCUGGCCACCUACAUCGACAAGGUGCGCUCUCUGGAGUCGGAGAACGCCGGGCUGCGUCUGCGCAUCACCGAGUCCGAGGAAGUGGUCAGCCGGGAGGUGUCCAGCAUCAAGAGCGCCUACGAGACCGAGCUGGCCGAUGCCCGCAAGACCCUGGACUCUGUGGCCAAGGAGAGAGCCAGGCUCCAGCUGGAGCUCAGCAAGAUCCGGGAGGAGCACAACGAUCUGAAAGCAAGGAACAAGAAGAAGGAGUCUGACUUGCUGGCCGCGCAGGCUCGCCUGAAGGAUUUGGAGGCCCUUCUGAACUCAAAGGAUGCAACGCUGACCACCGCUCUGGGGGAGAAGAGGAACAUUGAGACGGAACUGCGCGACCUGAAGGCCCAGAUUGCUAAGCUGGAAGGCAGUCUGGCUGACGCCAAGAAGCAACUUCAGGAUGAGAUGCUGCGUCGCGUGGAUGCGGAAAACCGCAAUCAGACUCUGAGAGAAGAGCUAGAAUUCCAGAAGAGCAUCUAUAGUGAGGAACUGCGAGAGACCAAACGGCGCCACGAAACGCGUCUGGUGGAGGUUGACAGUGGGCGGCAGCAGGAGUUCGAAAGCAAAUUGGCUGAUGCUCUGCACGGUCUGCGUGCCCAACACGAGGGGCAGAUCGCCCUGUAUAAGGAGGAGCUGGAGAAGACGUACAAUGCCAAGCUGGAGAAUGCCAAGCUGUCUGCGGAGCGGAACAGUACCAUGGUUGGAGAGGCCCACGACGAGAUCCAGCAGAGCAGGAUCCGGAUAGACAGCCUGAGCGCGCAGCUCAGUCAGCUGCAGAAACAGCUGGCGGCUAAAGAAGCCAAGUUACGUGACCUGGAGGAUGCCCUGACCAGGGAGAGGGACUCCAACCGGCGGGCGUUGGCGGAGAAGGACCGGGAGAUGGCGGAGAUGAGAGCUCGUAUGCAACAGCAACUGGAUGAAUACCAGGAACUGUUGGACAUCAAGUUGGCGUUGGACAUGGAGAUCCACGCUUAUCGCAAACUGCUGGAGGGAGAGGAGGAGAGGCUCCGUCUCUCGCCCAGCCCCACUGGGCAGAAGAGGUCCUCGCGGACAGCACAUUCCGGGAGUAACGUUACCUCCUCUUCUAAGAAGAGGAGGCUGGAGGAAGGGGAGCGGAAGACCACCAGUUACAGCCAGCAUGCCAGGACCAGUGGGAAAGUGGCCGUGGAGGAGGUAGAUUUAGACGGGAAGUUUGUCCGUCUGAAGAACAAAUCAAGUGAGGACCAAUCGCUGGGGAACUGGCAGAUCAAGCGCCAGAUCGGGGAGGAGAAACCGAUUAUAUUCCGCUUCCCCCCCAGAGCGACACUGAAAGCUGGCCAGACGCUGACGGUCUGGGCCUCCGGGGCCGGAGUUCCCCACAACCCCCCCACUGACUUUGUGCUGAAGUCCCACACUUCCUGGGGAACGGGAGACAGCAUCCGUACAGCUCUGCUCACCUCCAGCAAUGAGGAAGUGGCAAUGCGGAAGCUAGUCCGGACCACGGUGAAUGAUGAGGAUGAGGAUGACGAUGAUGAAGACGACGAGCAUCACCACCACCAUCACCAUCAUCAUGAUGGUCAGAACUCGACUGGAGACCCCAGCGAGUAUAACCUGCGCUCCCGCAAUAUCACAUGCACCACCUGCGGACAGCCGGCUGAUAAAGGACUGGGGGGCACCCCGGCAGCCGGCGCCUCUUCUUCCUCCUCCAGCUCCUACACUACAGUCACCCGCACCUUCCGCAGCGCAGGGGGAGCAGGGGGAGCUGGUGGAGCCAGCAGCCUCGGCGAGAGUCUGACUCCCAGGUCUUACAUCCUGGGGAACAACAACCAGCGUGCGCAGGUCUCGCCGCAGAACUGCCACAUAAUGUAACCCGGCCGCGCCCAGUGAUGCCCACAAGUGCCGAAACGAAAUACAGAUAUAACUAUUUUUCUGUGGGUUUUUUUUGUUUUGUUUUUUUGUACUCACUACAUCAGGUAUUUUAUAUAGAAGGAAAAAACAAUGCAGCAUUUAUUUUUUUUUGUAUAUUUUUACAAAUGAAACCAAAGACGCAACAUGUGCCCGAUUCGGCCUUUGUCCUCUUCCCGUGCGGCAGGACUGGGAAGGACGACGAGGGCCCCCGAGCGGUAGGGCCUCCAUCUUGUGAGGCUGUGGUAGAGAUCCGGCCUCCUAGUAUGCAUUAUGGUCCCAAAAACGUCUUGUUUUACAGAUCGGUUCAUGUGGGGGUUAUUGUACAUAGUGCCCUAUUAGAUUAGUCAGGAAUCGGGUCACCAGAUUAAUAGCCGCCAAUGUCACAUGACCUGGUAUAACCAAUGAAUAAGCCCUGUCAGGAAUAAUAAAGGUCAAACUAUAACUGUGGCUUAGCCGCCGUCACCCCUUGAGUCGCCUUUAUGCCACUAAGUGCCAGUUGUUAAUGACGCCACAGGAGGCUGCCAUUUUAUUAUGUGAGCGCAUCUCAAUUUGUUACGUCCCGUUUCUUGUCUGUGUUAUACUACAGUAACCGGUGCUAACUGCGCCAUAGCGGUUGUAGGGAAGUGACAGGAUGCUGCGGGAUUGUUGGGGGAUGGGAAACAGUAUUUCAGGGUGUAGAGAUUUUGUCUAGGACCGCGGGAGGAUUGUCCCCCAACAUUCUAACUCACAAUGGUGUAUACCGUUGAGGUCCUAACUCACAGGGGCCCCCGAAUGUGGCUUUGUCGUAGAGAUAGUAAAUCUGUGGGGGACGUCUAUGAUAGGAAUCCCGCUACCAUUUGGCUUUUGCAGCGUCGGUGCGCAGUAAAGUCUAUUAUUAACGCUUUACCUUCCAUAAUCCGCUAUGCAGCCGCUUUCACACUUUAGCAGAGCAUGUCCCUAUAAGUAUAUCUAUAUAUAUAUCUAUAUAUAUAUAUAUAUUGUAUGUUCUGUUCGUUAGGUCCUGCUUUUUUUUGACGAGUUAUGAUUUGUUUUUUUUAUAUUGGAAUUAUUUUUUGACAUAUAAUAAUGAAAACAGCAACUCAUGAAAUGCCAGUGUUAAAGGGACACCAAUAUAACCGCUCAUUAUAGGGUCUAUAUUAAAGCUGCGCUGUGAUCUGUUCAGUAUAGGGUACCUGCGGAGCUGCUCCGUGCGUCCGCUUACCACCUGGGCUGUGUGAGGCUGCGGAGGAGAGGACCAGCCUCAAGCCACAAUCUAAAGACUCGGGCUAGUGGAGGGAGGGGGUAGUGCAGCUUUUAUAUGUGACGCCUUUUGAUGUUUUCCUUUAAAAUUAGCAUUUCAUGAUGUGUCUACAAAAAAAAAACCCCAAAAAACAAGCAAACACCAAAAAAAUAAUAUUUAAAAAAUAUAUAUAAAAAUAAUAUUGUCUCAAUGGCGACACUAAGCUAAUAUUUCACUUAACUCUUUAUAAGUAAUAUCCUUAUUUUACAGUUGUCAUUGAGGUUAUAAAGCACAUAGUCCUAACUGCGAAAUGCGUUAGGUCGAGGUGUAUAUAUAUAUAUCUAUAUUACAAGGUUUAGAUGAUGUAAUCCCAGGGGAGGUUUUGUAAAGCUGGUUGAUGUAAAGUACUUGUUCACCGUUAGAGGAGCUUUGAAGUAGGGAUUAGGAAUUGUAAAACGCGAUGGGUCGGGAAGAUGUCCAAGCUUCACAGUACGUGGCCUUACAUGACCGCUUGUGCCUUUAUUCACCAUAUAAUCCCAGCACUUUGCAGUCACUCCCCAAACCCAGGAUGAGGUCACCGCUGUCCGCGGGGGACUGCUGAGAUAGUACUAUGUCCCGGGUACCUAGUAUGGAGGUGGCCGGUCAGAUUUAAUCUCAAUAUACCAAAAAUGUGUCCGCUAGAAGAUGACUGACUGUAAGUGCAGGAAGAUGUGGUUCCAGGUGCCUUAGACGGAUGACGGAGCAGAAUAAGUGCCUUAUCGGUGUCCCGCUGGGAUGGAAGACCCCCACUGCCCCUCUCUGCAUGAUGUUUGUAGAUUUCUGUUCAUGGCUUUGCUUUGUUUAUAUGAUUCCUAAUAGCGACAAGCAAAUUUCUGUGCAAUUAAAGCUUCUGUAUAAAUAGCCGAUGAACCCA